CAUGGAACCCAGUUACAGGGCUUUGGUAAUUCAGCCCUGUAACUGGGAGUCAUAACAUAAACAAUCCCAGGAGCACCUGGCAGAAGAAGAUAGAAUAUGCCUGGGAACUUGGGGCCGAAAGUAUAAACAAUUAUAAUUGGUCUAGUGUGUGAAAAUGGUAGUAAUGUGAUAUUGGGGGUGGGACUUGAUGAUGAUAUUUACGUGUGGUGUUACGUAGCAUCAAAAGUUAUAAAAAUAGUUGUAUGUAAACAUUGGGUCAUUCCUGACUUUUCCAAAGUCAUGUGUUCUUCAAUAAAGAUUGGAUUUGAGAGCAGCCAUCUCUGAUCUGCGUUCAGACUGAUCCUUUGAAGUGAGCAGGACAAUUAAGUCAGGAAUCCAGUUCUCACCCUCCUGCAAAUUUGCAGUGAAGUGAUAAUGAGCAGGGAAGGAGAUCAAAGCCAUGACGGAGCAAAGGGGCCUCCGCUGGGAGCUCUGCCGUUGGCAGAAGAGACAUUGCAAGCCAUAGCUUCCUCUACGGGGUACCCCAAGCCGGACGGCGUGACCCAGAGGAUUCCCAGAGGGGGAAGAGGCGUUCCGGCGGCGGCAGAAACCAGUUGGGGAUCUGGAGGAAGCAUGCCGGAGACCGUGGCCCUGCGGUUAUCCAUCCUGGAAACUCAUUUAUCCAGGCUGUCGGAUACCGUGGGGAGAAUAGUGCCAAUAUUGGAAGAGAAUCUCCAAAAAGAGCACAUCCGAUAUGGCGCCGAGAGAGAGCCAAGCAAAGGAGGCGAUUGGAGCCAGAGGGGACAGCGAGCUUCAACGCAGAGUCCCGCGGCGGCAAGGGACGAGGGAGACGAGGAAUAUUGGCAAGAGCUGGAGUUCCGGGACAGAAUGGCGCGCGAAGUGGAGCGCCAGCAAGCUCUGGGAACUCUGAGGCCGCCAACCCCAACAGAGCUCCCAACCCCCCGAAUGGGCGUCGGAGUAGAAAGACCACUGGGGCCAGGGAUCGGGUCCAGUGGAUUAGCUGACGAAGGCGGAGAGGAGCAGGAGAUCCAGGAAGAGGAGGAGGAUGUGCCGUACGACGGGGAAAGGCGAGAUGCGGGGGCUACAGCGAGGCCAGUAUGCGGAUGGGGGGAAGGGCCGACAGCGGCGGCAGGAUUUCGGGAGCCGCGCAGAAUGACCACCGGAGUGGGGCGCGGCGUGAUCCAAGGAAACCCGAUGCAACCCUUCCCCAUGCCUCCCAGACAGCAUCAACGGGCCGCUGAAUGGAUGCCAAGAAGGGAAGAUCUCAAGCUAGAAUACGGAGGGGAAUCAGCCGAACUGAACUUUUUUCUAAUUAGCAUCAGGGGAUACAUGGAAGACAAUGCACACACAUUCCCCUCCGAAGCAAGCAGGGUUCGGGCCAUCGGCAACACACUAAAGAGAGGAGCGGCCAGCUGGUAUGUGCAACUACAUGCCAGACAGGACCCAUGCCUGAGGUCAGUGCCCCGCUUCCUCGCCGCACUGGAAAACCGGUUCAGAGACCGGCUAGAGCAAUUGAGGGCUCGAGACCAGCUUAGAGGAAUAAAGCAGAGGGACAAAACGGUGCCCGAGUACGCAGAGGAAUUCCUCCACCUCGCGGAAAGGGUACCAGAGUGGUCUGAAGUGACCAAAGUGGAAUUAUUUAAAGAGGGACUACGCCCCGAGAUUUUCAGCUGGGCAGCGCACAGAGAUGACCCCGAAACGCUCCAGGGAUGGAUUCAACUAGCGGGGCGCGUUGAAUCCACCCUGGCCCAAGUAAAGCGCUUCAGGAGCAGCGGCGGCCAGCAAAGACCGGUGGCGAGAGGUCGAGGAGAAACGAGGAAGCAGGAAAGACCCGGAGGGAGGCCGGGGAUUCCCUCCAGAGGAGACGACAACAAACCUAAACCGGGAUGCUUUGUAUGUGGGAAGACGGGCCAUCGAGCAGCAGAAUGCUGGGCACGGAAGGGGGAGCCGCCAAAACCCUCAAAGCCCAAGCCAGCAACCGGGAGGCGUGCGGAGGAGGAGGUGCAAGCCCCAGAAUCUCCAGAAAAAUUGGCUUGUGAUGAAAGAAGAACCGAAGAGGAGGACGAAGAAAAGGAGGGCACCAUGUCAUGGAACCCAGUUACAGGGCUUUGGUAAUUCAGCCCUGUAACUGGGAGUCAUAACAUAAACAAUCCCAGGAGCACCUGGCAGAAGAAGAUAGAAUAUGCCUGGGAACUUGGGGCCGAAAGUAUAAACAAUUAUAAUUGGUCUAGUGUGUGAAAAUGGUAGUAAUGUGAUAUUGGGGGUGGGACUUGAUGAUGAUAUUUACGUGUGGUGUUACGUAGCAUCAAAAGUUAUAAAAAUAGUUGUAUGUAAACAUUGGGUCAUUCCUGACUUUUCCAAAGUCAUGUGUUCUUCAAUAAAGAUUGGAUUUGAGAGCAGCCAUCUCUGAUCUGCGUUCAGACUGAUCCUUUGAAGUGAGCAGGACAGU